AUGAGUGAGCAUAAGAUAUUGUUUUGUAUUUUCUUUCUUAUUAUUUACUGCUUCUACAAUGUUAACAUGUGGUUUACGGCUAUGAACAAUCAUGUUGAAGAAACAAAGAUCGAGCCGGUCGAUAAACAGCCGAAAAUAAAACGAAGUUUUUCAGUGAAAAUCCCAAGGCACAAUACAAUUCCAUUGUUCAUGAAAGACGCAUGCAGCGUUUUGGACAUCUUCACCAAACCGGAUAUACACAGGAAACCACAUAAAAACAAAAUGGACUACGAUAAUGGUAUAUCAACAAUCGGUAUAACCGUGUUUCUUGUGAUACUUGUUUUGAACGCAGCUAUGGAUGCAUUUAGAGAAAAAUCUGAGAUGAAAGAGAAAGAAAACACAGAAGGUAGACGGCAGUCCCUCGCAGAGUUUGCCAAUAAAAAGCCAUUAAGACGUGAGUCUAGUAGAUUCGGUUUUCAAUUGUUUCAAAUUUCUGAAACAGAAACGAAAACAGAAGAAAAUCAAACUCGCAAAACAAGACCAUACUUAAGAGGAGAUUCGAUAAAUUCUUAUCUAAGUGACAAGAAGACUAAAUCAGAAACUGCCCCGGCAUCAAUUGGUGAUACAAAUGAACCUAAACUAUUAAAACGUCAAUCUAUCGCUAGACUCAUUGGAGCGCGGCCAAUUCCAAUGGUACGUCGUUCAUCCUUCCCAGUUCUUCCCUUGAACCCCGAAGUCCACGCGCUGAUGCACCCCAAUCGACAGUCAUCAUUUGACAGCGACGAUGAAGGCGACGGAAAGUGUCGAAGAGUCAGAAUUAUUCGCCGAUACUAA